AAGAACGUGAUUACGAAUAGGUUCAUAACUCGAGCCGCGACAUCGCCUGUCUGUGUCCGGUGUGGAACACCUCCUCUUCGCUAGCCCUGGUCGGACAUCAACACGAUGGAUUUUAACGUGAAAAGGCUUGCCACGGGUGCUGGGUUGCUUUUUACACGGGCUGUGCAGUUUACAGGGGAGAAGCUGGGCCAGGUGGAGAAAACUGAGUUGGAUGCUCACUAUGAAAACCUAAUGAUCCGUGCGGACUGCACCAAAAACUGGACUGAGAAGAUCUACAGACAAACAGUGGUCUUGCUGCAGCCCAACCCAAGUGCUAGAAUUGAAGAGUUUCUCUAUGAAAAGUUGGACAGGGAAGUACCAUCCAGAGUUACCAAUGGGGAACUUCUUGGUCAUUAUAUGCAGGAUGCUGCGAACGAAUUUGGUCCGGACACUCCAUAUGGGAGUAGCUUAAUCAAGGUGGGCGAGUGUGAGAGAAGAUUAGGAGCAUCUGAGAGAGAGUUCCUUCAUACUUCAGCCAUCAGUUUUCUUACACCCCUCAGGAACUUUUUGGAAGGAGACUGGAGGACCAUUUCGAAAGAACGACGUCUAUUGGAGAAUCUUCGUCUUGAUUUGGAUGCUGCCAAAGCUCGUUUCAAGAAGGCCAAAGCUGCUGAAGCAAAGGCUGCUUGCGAGAGUGAGGUGGUUCCAGAUUUUCAGGAGACCAGACCACGCAACUAUGUGCUCUCUGCCAGUGCUUCUGCUGCUGAACAUGAACUCAGGGUUGCCCAAACGGAGUUUGACCGACAGGCAGAGGUUACACGGCUUCUUUUGGAGAGUAUCAGCAGUACGCAUAUGAAUCACCUCCGCUGCCUGCAUGAGUUUGUUGAGGCCCAAGCAACUUAUUAUAAGCAGUGUCACGUCCACAUGCAAGAAGUACAGAAAGAACUUGGAAGACGUCCAGAUGCUUUUCCACUGAAUUCCACCGCCUCCAUGGCUUCUGCAGACUUGACAUCAGAAGGCUUCAGCAGUACUGUGGAGACUGAUACACUGAAGAUUGAAGAAGUUCAAGCACCUGCCGCAGGGACUCGUACGGCCAAAGUCCUUUAUGAUUAUGAUGCUGCUGACUCCAGUGAGCUUUGCCUCAAAGCAGAUGAGAUAAUUACAGUUUACGCAGUCCCAGGAAUGGACUCUGAUUGGCUGGUUGGUGAAAAGGGGUGCCAAAAAGGAAAAGUGCCUGUCACAUACCUGGAGCUUCUCAGCUGAGGGACACACUGACACACAAAUUUAUGAAUGGGUACUACUGAAGCCAUGAGCAUACUCCAAUAACCUCAAUGAAUUCUUACAGUUACUCUAACUCUGUUCACUAGCAUUACACUAUUUGAUCUAAUUUACAUACUUAUUGACAUACAAUUUACAUACAUAAAGUUUUGAUGAGCUGUAAUGUGUCAUUAGUACAGUGAUAUCUGUUUGACCACAAUCCAUUUUACCCAAGUCAAACUUCAAUUUCAACGACUUUCAAAAUAGAAGUUCCCAUUGAGAUACUGCAAUAUAUUAUAUGUAGAACUACAGUAUGUAUUCCUGUGUGUACAUUUGUAAUGUGUCAUGCGUCUGCAUGACCAGUCCCCUGGACAGCGCAUCUCUCCUGCCCCUCCCGUCCCGUCAGGCAGCAUUAACAAUGAUUUCCCGCACCUGCAGCCAUUUCCAAACCUGCUCCCUGCUCGUUAGCCCGCACACCCAGCCCUCUCUGUCAGUUCGUCCCACAUUGCUAUCCCUUCCUGUCUGUUGCCUGCCUUCCCCAAACUGACUCCUGUUACGGACCUAGCCGGUUUACCUGUUGCCCGACCUGUAUAUGACCUGUGCCUGGCCUGACCCUUUGCCUGUCAUUCGACCACGGGUUUUGCCUACACCCUACCUGCUUUGUGUUUGCUUCGUUCUCUGGCCAGGUACAACCUUCUGCCUGUCCCCGACCACGAGCCUGCUUCGCCAUUGCCAGCUUCGUUGACGCAUCCACUCUGCUCCGCUCCAGCACCAGUGAACCACUUCCCCUUUCCCUCCAAUACAAUAAACGAAAGUACUGUGACGCA